UCUCCCCUCUCGCAAUCUUGUCUUGUCUCUAUCACCAUCCUUGUCCUUGUCCCAUCUUCCCACUUCCCGCUCUCGCUUGUUCACAUUCACGCUCGUUCGUUCGUUUGGUCACUCGCUUUCGUCCCAAUUUGGUUGCCCUAAUUACACACGUUAACAAAGCCUGUUAUUAACUAUCCAUUGGAUUGGGUACACUCUGUUUCAGUGCAAAUAAGCCCACCCACCACCAAGUAACCUCCUGUCUGCUCCCACUUACAGCAGACCUUUUCCACUUGUUUCGAUACUGGCCUGACAUUCGCUAUCAAGUAUUCGAGAGAGAGGCAAAGGCCACUACUAAAGCUGGCUUGUUUUGCUACCUGCAUAUGAAUACAUAAUUAGAAGCUGUGAGGUGCUGCAUCUGCAUUCUCUUGCAAUUCCUAUUGCAGCCCAGAAUUAACCUCAACUCCACACAACAUAUCCAACCGAUACCCUUUUAACCACCGAGUCAGUCAAGUCUUACUUAAAGACUGAUAAGAUAUCUUACUCAGUCUUCUCCUGUCCUUUGUAUCUUGCCUACCUAGGUACCUACAUACGGAUACCUACAUUAGUACUUAAGUUAGUUUACAACGCAACCCUUUGUCUUUGUCCAUCAUUUCCCUCCAGUCAGGUACGGCAAGGUACCCCCAACUCCCUGUAUGUACUGUACCUGGACACAAUUGCCCUCCAGCUCCCCCUAGACCCAGACCCAGCACUACUAAGGUACGCUACGCUACGGGUACCUACAAUAGUGGCUUUCGGUCCCAAGUCCCCCGCCUCACAUCAAUUGGAUUGGAUUUCUUUAAUCUUACUCCCUCCCGUUCACGUUCACUCACUCGCUGGCUCUUGAUGCCACCAACUGUUUCUGUCUUCUCUGCUCUGCUCCUCUAUUGCUACGACGCGAUAAUCAUCGACUUGAGUGAUAAUUUACAGCCUUGACCCGCUCGAAGCGUCUCUUGCCGUUCCUUUCUUUAUCGCCUCACCUCGUCACCAUCAUCAUCACAUCGCACGCACGCACUCACUCACGCACUCACUCACUAUUUUGUGCCUUGACGAUUCUUGCUUACGCCCGAACCCGUGCCUCAGAGCCAAGGAUUUGAAUCUGGAUUACCAGACACAAAGUGAACUGAACCAAGCCAGCGCCUAACGCCUUGACGCCCUACACUACUACUGUUGUACCGCUCCAACGCCCUUGACGCUACCAAUCAUCGACCGAUCUGUCUCAUCCUAGACUGGCGCGCACACUGUUGCCAUCGACUCCCUCGCUCGCUUGCUCGCUUGAGCUUCCCCAGCUCAAGGCUUUGAUUUCUAGCUCCUGAUCUCUAGCCUCACAUCGCAUCGCCAUUUCCAUCCUGCUGUCGCCUAUCGGCAUCGGUCGAGUCGAGACCUUUUCCUCACCCUGCCGCCCGCCUCUCUGAACCCGGCCUCUGUAUUAUAGCACGGCUCCGGGUCACCGCUUCAGCGCACCUUGUCGCCGCAUCCUCGCUCGACCUCUAUUGAGGCUGAGGCCCAGCCAUCGUGACUUUGGCAACUGGGCCGGCCCAGCUGUAGUGUCGCUCGUCACCUCAACCUCAACCUCAUAUUCCUCUACGCUUUCGCUUUCGCUUUCGCAGUCGUCGCUCUCGCUCUUGGCACGCGCAGCCUUUCGCCAUGACGUCCGCCGCCUCGAACCCUAAUCAGGCCAACCAGCCGGCUCUCCAAAUCAACAAUGCAGCAUCCCCGCCCAGCAAGCGCGACCUCAAAUCAUGGUGGAAGGGUUUCAAGCUGCCUUCGAAGCACCAGGAACCCCAGGGUAAGAUAUCUCCCUCCUCCACUCUUCACUGCGCAACCCUGCCGAGCUUCGAGUCAGAACGUCAUAAAGCAGUAUAGUUUCGUUACUAUCACCUGUCGCGAUACGCUUGUCGACGAUUUUGAAUCCUUCGAACCACAGCGCCUACGGCUGAUCACAACUGAAUCCGUUGCACAUAGAAUUCUCACAUUCACGAAGUCAAUAUGCACAUAGCUUUACUCCCCCACUUCUUCAUGUCUGGUCUCUAACUUGUGUACUUGCAGAAACCCGCCCCCAAGGUAUCUUCGGAGUGCCUUUGCGGCAAAGCAUAACAUAUGCCAACGUCGCCAUCUCACUCAUCGAUGAAAAUGGACAGAGCUACAUCUACGGCUAUGUCCCCAUUGUCGUCGCAAAAUGUGGCGUCUUCCUCAAAGAAAAAGCUACCCACGUCGAAGGAAUUUUCCGGCUUAGCGGUUCGGAAAAGAGAAUAAAGGAGCUUAAAACCAUAUUCGACUCACCUGAUAGAUACGGGAAGGGUCUCGUUUGGGAUGGAUACACUGUACACGAUGCUGCCAAUGUUCUGCGACGAUAUCUCAACGACCUCCCUGAACCCGUCGUUCCCCUUGAUCUUUACGAGAAGUUCCGCGACCCCCUCCGAGGCGCAACCAAGCAAGCUGUGGGCGAUGCAGAGGGGCCUCAAUUCGUCGAAAAUUUCAACGAGAAAGCGGCCAUCUUGCAGUACCAGCGACUCAUCACGGAGCUACCGCCCUUAAACCGACAGCUACUUCUCUACAUUCUCGAUCUUCUCGCGGUUUUCGCUGCCAAGGCGGACGAGAACCGCAUGAACUCACAAAAUCUGGCUGCCAUCUUCCAGCCAGGCAUGCUCUCGCACCCAGCACAUGCCAUGGCUCCCGAGGAAUACCGACUGAACCAAUGUGUUAUCAUUUUCUUGAUUGAGAACCAGGAUCACUUCCUUAUUGGUAUGCAGGGCACCGCUGCUGAUGAAAAGACCAAGAAAGAGGUGGAGUCUGGCACACCCAGUGGCCCUCUCACCCCUCAGCCUACUCGAAAGACAAGCCUAGGCCGAUCGGCGUCCAAUGCGAGUGCAGGCGCCAACAGUGUGCGGCGGGAUGGCAAGCUUCGAAGAAACCGAUCCGUGUCGUCACGGAACUCCAGGAAUGACGGAAGCUCCACGCCCAAUAGUCCAGCCUUGACAGCUACGCCGACGACAGGUGGAUUGGCUAGAAGCAAUACUGUGCCAUCCAAGAAAUCUCCUGCCAUUGGUGCUGGCCGAUUUCAGAGGUCUGACGGUUCAGGGCCCCGUUCUCCUGCCCAUCUAGAGCCUUUGACACAAGUCAACCCUACAGAGAGCAUAGAACAAUCUCCCCAAUCGACGAGGUCAUCUGACUUCAUAUCUGGCGGUUACCUCACACCAACGAAGGCUCCUGUAACAGGCCGCAGUCACGAGAGACUACUUGAAGUGCCGCCGGAGUCCUCCACACCAUCCAAGGAGCGCAAUAUCCCCAACAUCUUCCGUAGCACACCCAACACUGAUACUGGUGACAAGAGACAGCCUAACAAACUGAAGAAGAAGAGGAUACCAGGAAGCCUGAACCCAAGUGCUCAGAGUUCUGCUGCCUCUUUGACAUACACACAUCCGAAUGCUGGAUCAUCUCCUGGAGCGGAACUCGCUAACCCGAUGGAACAUGCUCAGCACAAUGAAUCCGGAACUCAGGCAUUUCCGCAACAACCAGCCCCGAUUCUCGAAGAACGACAUCGAGAAGCAUUGGAGCAGCAGCAAGAACUGCAUGAUCGACCUUCGCAUGGGCAAAAUCCCCAAGAAACUUCACUCGCACAUCCUGCUCCUCUGACGCAGCAAAAGAGUGACGUUUCAUCUGAGCACACUCCUAGGGCAUCUCAAGCGUCAUCAAACCAGAGUCUUCGCCCAGACAAUACACUGAAGUCGAAAAAGUCACCACCAACAUCUCUGCACUCAUCUUUUAACGAAGGCUCGGACUUGGAUCAAAUUCUUGACGAGCAGUCGGUCAGCACUGUUGAUCAAGCAGAAAAGGAACGAAAGAAGCGUUGGCGGUUGUCGAGGAGUAAGAAUGCUGACAACGGCUCCUCUACCGGUCUCACCUCACCACGCCUUGCCCUUGGGCAGAACGACAAUGGCGACGUCAGCAACCUAUCAAUAUCAAGUUCCAGUCAUAGGCCUCGAAAGAGCGAGAGCUCUGAUCGACCUUACAUGGUCAGCGAGGGACAUGGUAGCUUCGAUCAGGGCAGAGAAAGUGAUUCCAAGGGUCCCAUAGGAUGGAUCAGGAACAAGUACCGUGAAGCAAAAGAGAGUGCGGAACAAAGGCGGAAUAAGUCUCCUCCUCCGGCAGACCGUCCUGGGCUAGGCGCCUCAAGCUUCCAACCCCGAGGAAAGAGUUUGGAAAUUAGAAGAGACGAGCCAACGCAACAUGCUUCCCUUGACGCAAUAGCCGGCGCUCCAGCAGUUGUCUCUAAUCCUGCUGCAGCUCCCGGCCCAGCAACGGGUCCGGCUCCUAAAGCGACACAAGUUGCUCAGACAGCCACAGUCUCAAUGGUUCAACCUGAGCCUACAUCGACUGUCCAGCCAACCCAUCCUCAAGCGCAAGUCCCUCCACCGGCCCAGGUUCAGGCUCAAUCUCAACCUCAGCCGACAACUCCAGCCCAGCCCCCUAUUCAGGAGCAGAGUCGAUCCCCAGUUGAACCAAAAGUUCAGACAGAAUCUCCAAAGCCGCAAAGCCCCCAGACACCCCAGAAGAUCAUUUCUAUGCUUGAUGUCGACACGCCACCUCAGGCGGAGGAACCGAAACCCGUUCAAGAACAGUCACAGCCCCUGUUGUCGCAGGAGCCAAAAGCGGAAGAAAAGCCAGUCCAGGCUACCGAGCAGCCAGCAGUGAUAGCGCCUGUACAGCCCGAGCAAGUACAGCCUAAGCAACAGCAAGUAAAGUCAGAGUCAGAGACACCAAAGCAGGAGCAAUAGGAGGAGAAAAGCGUUCUAGUUCAAAUGGGAGGAGUAUUCUGGAAUGGUUGAAAUAGUAUCACGGCACGAUAGCCUUUUCUUUUUUAGUUCAUUUUUAGGGAGAAUGAGAUGGACAUCAUGAUGGAUAUGCGGGAGACGGGUUUAUCGACUGAACCCUGCUUAGACUCUCUACCACCCUUGUAAGUCGAUUACAUGUAUGUAAUGUAGCCUGGUGUGAUGGUGAGCUUUAUUUCAUUUGAGCGGGUGGAGGAGUAUAGUCAAGGAGUACAGGUUACUACAACAAAGAUAUGACAUCCAAGCAGUUUCAUGGUUUGAUGCAUUCGCUGGAUGCUCAAGGGCUUACCAUCGACAAAGCACGAUAUUUCUAUGGUACACUCUUAGUAUACACUCAAUAUUCAUCCAAAAUCUGGACGGCAAUUCUACAGCUCCUUCACUGGAGGUGCGUUAUCGUAAAUACCGGUGUCCCACACAAUCAU